AUGGCGCCUCCGUCGGAACAGCCCGCCGAGCACAAGAAGAAGGUCAACUUGAUGGAUGCCUCCGGUGCCGAGGUCAAGGAUCAAGAUGAUACUGCGACCGCUAUCCUCAAGAAGAAGAAGAAGCCCAACCAGUUGAUGGUUACUGAUGCCGUCAACGAUGACAAUUCUAUCAUCGCCCUCUCCGAGAACACCAUGGAGGCUCUCCAGCUCUUCCGUGGCGAUACCGUGCUUGUGCGCGGCAAGAAGAGGAAGGACACCGUCCUGAUCGUUCUUGCUGAUGAUGAGCUUGAUGACGGCAGUGCUCGCAUCAACCGUGUCGUUCGCCACAACCUGAGGGUGAAGCAUGGUGACAUGAUUACUAUUCACCCUUGCCCAGACAUCAAAUACGCCAAGCGCAUUGCUGUUCUUCCUAUUGCCGACACCGUUGAGGGCAUUACCGGAUCCCUUUUCGACGUUUUCCUCGCUCCCUACUUCCGCGAGGCCUACAGACCCGUCCGCCAGGGCGAUCUCUUCAUCGUCCGUGGUGGUAUGAGACAAGUAGAAUUCAAGGUUGUCGAGGUCGACCCCCCCGAGUAUGGCAUUGUCGCCCAAGAUACAGUCAUCCACUGCGAGGGCGAGCCUAUUCAGCGUGACGAGGAAGAGAACAACCUGAACGAGGUUGGCUACGACGACAUCGGUGGCUGCAGAAAGCAGAUGGCUCAGAUUCGUGAAAUGGUCGAGCUUCCCUUGCGCCAUCCCCAGCUUUUCAAGUCUAUCGGUAUCAAGCCCCCUCGUGGUGUGCUUCUCUACGGACCCCCUGGUACCGGUAAGACGUUGAUGGCAAGAGCUGUUGCCAACGAAACUGGUGCUUUCUUCUUCCUCAUCAACGGUCCUGAGAUCAUGUCCAAGAUGGCUGGUGAAUCCGAGUCCAACUUGCGAAAGGCUUUCGAGGAGGCGGAGAAGAACUCGCCUGCCAUUAUCUUCAUCGAUGAAAUCGACUCCAUCGCGCCUAAGCGUGAGAAAACUAACGGUGAGGUUGAGCGACGUGUUGUUUCUCAGCUCCUGACCCUCAUGGACGGUAUGAAGGCUCGUUCCAAUGUCGUCGUCAUGGCGGCCACCAACAGACCCAACUCCAUCGACCCCGCCCUGCGUCGUUUUGGCCGUUUCGACCGCGAGGUUGACAUUGGUAUCCCCGACCCUACUGGUCGUCUUGAGAUCCUCCAGAUCCACACCAAGAACAUGAAGCUUGGCGACGAUGUCGACCUGGAGCAGAUUGCCGCUGAGACCCACGGCUACGUCGGUUCCGAUAUUGCUGCCCUCUGCUCUGAGGCUGCCAUGCAGCAGAUCCGUGAGAAGAUGGACCUCAUCGAUCUUGAUGAGGACACCAUCGAUGCCGAGGUCCUCGACUCUCUUGGUGUCACCAUGGAGAACUUCCGUUUCGCCCUCGGUGUCUCCAACCCCUCCGCCCUGCGCGAGGUCGCCGUUGUCGAGGUUCCCAAUGUUCGCUGGGAAGACAUUGGUGGUCUCGAGACCGUCAAGGCCGAACUGCAGGAGAGCGUCCAAUACCCUGUGGACCACCCCGAAAAGUUCCUCAAGUUUGGUCUCUCCCCGUCUCGUGGUGUCCUGUUCUACGGACCCCCCGGUACUGGUAAGACGAUGUUGGCCAAGGCUGUCGCCAACGAGUGUGCUGCCAACUUCAUCUCCGUCAAGGGACCCGAACUUCUCAGCAUGUGGUUCGGAGAGUCCGAGAGCAAUAUCCGUGACAUCUUUGACAAGGCUCGUGCCGCCGCUCCUUGCAUUGUCUUCUUGGAUGAGUUGGAUUCUAUUGCCAAGGCUCGUGGUGGAUCCGUUGGUGAUGCCGGCGGUGCCUCUGACCGUGUCGUCAACCAGCUUCUGACUGAAAUGGAUGGUAUGACCUCCAAGAAGAACGUUUUCGUCAUUGGUGCUACCAACAGACCUGAGCAGCUUGACCCUGCUUUGUGCCGUCCCGGUCGUCUGGACUCCCUCAUCUACGUCCCUCUGCCCGACCAACCUGCUCGUGCUGGUAUCCUCAAGGCCCAGCUCCGCAAGACUCCUGUUGCUGCUGAUGUCGACCUUGACUUCAUUGCUUCCAAGACUCACGGCUUCUCUGGUGCCGAUCUUGGCUUCAUUACCCAGCGUGCCGUCAAGCUCGCCAUUAAGGAGGCUAUCACAGCCGACAUUGCCAAGACGAAGGCUCGCGAGGCUGCUGGCGAGGAAGCUAUGGAUGAGGAUGAGGAAGACCCCGUCCCUGAGCUUACCAAGCGCCACUUCGAGGAGGCUAUGCAGAUGGCUCGUCGCUCCGUCAGUGAUGUUGAGAUUCGCCGGUACGAGGCCUUUGCUCAGCAGAUGAAGAAUGCUGGCCCUGGCGCGUACUUCAAGUUCCCCGAGGGUGACGCUGCUGCCAACCAGGCUGCUAACAACUUCGGUGACGCCGGUAACGAUGAUGAUCUCUACGACUAA